AUGAAAACAUUGUGGGAGUGCAAAUAUUUCGAACCUAUUUCUUAUGGAGAACUUUUCACAUAUACUACUGACUUAUAUAAACAGAACCUUGCACCAUUUAAAGAUUUGACAUAUGCUCCAAAGUAUUGUGUACAACUGAAGAAGAAAGCAGAGUCAAAAGAAGUAAAUAAAGCUAAAUGUAAAUUCAUACCUGAGCACGUUUUCUUUGCUGACUUUGAGUGUAGUACGGAUGGCUUUCAUAAAGCUUUUAACAUCUGUUAUGACAGUGAAGAUGGUUCAGUGAGUGAAAGCAUUUGGGGUCAAAACUGUGCAACAGAAUUUUUGGAAAGACUUCCUGACAAGAGUUUAAUAUAUUUUCACAACCUCAGUUAUGACAUAAACUUCAUCUUAAGACACAUGACAGAAGUGAAAGGAACUCCCAUCAUUAAAGGUUCACGAACAAUGCAAAUAACUGGCUUAUAUAAAGGACGGGCAAUUAUUAUAAAAGACUCUUACAGUGUUAUAAAUAAGAAGCUUAAACUAUUUCCUGCUAUGUUUAACUUACAAACAGGACCGAAAGAAGUAUUUCCAUAUAACUACUACAGCAGUGUUUUGUUAGCAAAUGACAACAGAACUGGUGUCAUUUCUGAAGCAUGUAAGUUUAUCCAUGAUGCAGAUACAUUUAUGAAGAACAUAGAUUCCAUCAAAGGUUGCAGAAUAGAUGAAAACCACUUCGACUUAGAAAAAUAUAGCACGUUUUACUGCAAACAAGAUGUAAGAAUUUUAAGAGAAGGUUUUGUAAAGUUCCGCAAUGACUUAUUGAAAGAGUUUGAUUUAAACGUUUAUGACUACGUUAGUAUUUGUUCUAUUGCUAACAAAUUGUUUGAGAACAGAGUAUACUUCCCGAAUGGAAAUCUUUAUGACCUCUCAAAUAAACCAAGAGAAUUUAUUUCGAGAUGCAUUCAAGGUGGAAGAUGUAUGUUGUCAGAUAACAUGAAACAAAAGAGCAAAAAGAAACUCAUUGCUGACUUCGACACUGUUUCAUUAUAU